AUGACUUCUAGCCCCUUAUACAUUGGUUUCGACCUCUCAACCCAGCAGCUGAAGGGAUUGGUGGUGAACUCGGAGCUCAAGGUGGAGUAUGUCGCCAAGUUCGACUUCGAUGCCGACUCGCACGGGUUUCCAAUCAAGAAAGGCGUGUUGAACAAUGAAGCAGAGCACGAGGUGUUUGCCCCGGUCGCUUUGUGGUUGCAAGCAUUGGACGGCGUGCUGGAGAACCUGCGCAAGCAGGGACUCGACUUUAGCCGAGUAAAGGGAAUCAGCGGUGCCGGUCAGCAGCACGGCAGUGUCUACUGGGGCCAGAAUGCGGAGCAGCUGCUCCGCAAUCUAGACUCCAGCAAAUCCCUCGAGGCGCAACUCGAUGGUGCUUUCUCUCACCCAUACAGUCCCAAUUGGCAAGAUUCGAGCACCCAGAAGGAGUGUGACGAGUUCGACGAGGCAUUCGGUGAUCCCGAGCAUCUGGCGCAGGCGUCGGGAAGCAAAGCGCACCACAGAUUCACAGGACCUCAGAUCCUUCGCUUCACGCGAAAGCACCCCGAUGUCUACCAGAAGACGUCGAGGAUCUCGCUGGUAUCCUCAUUCCUGGCGUCGCUCUUCCUCGGCCAUGUGGCGCCAUUCGACAUCUCCGACGUCUGCGGAAUGAACCUGUGGAACAUCAAGAAGGGAGCGUACGAUGAUAAGCUGGUUCAGCUUUGUUCAGGUGCUUUUGAGGUCGAGGACCUCAAGCGGAAGCUCGGUGAGGUGCCAGAAGAUGGAGGCCUGCACCUUGGUCCCGUCCACUCAUACUUCGUGGAGAGAUUUGGCUUCGGUACCGAUUGUACGGUCACCCCAGCAACCGGUGACAACCCCGCUACCAUUCUGGCUCUGCCUCUGCGGCCAUCAGAUGCCAUGGUCUCCCUUGGCACUUCCACUACCUUCCUCAUGUCCACCCCCAGUUACAAGCCCGACCCUGCUACCCACUUCUUCAACCAUCCGACGACCCCCGGAUUGUACAUGUUCAUGCUGUGCUACAAGAAUGGCGGCCUGGCCCGUGAGCACGUCCGAGACGCUAUCAAUGAAAGCCUGAAGGAUACCCCGGCUCAACCCUGGGCCAACUUUGACAAGGUUGCCCUGCAGACCCCUCUGUUGGGCCAGCAGGAUGCAUCGAGCCCUAUGAAGUUGGGUCUGUUCUUCCCACGCCAUGAGAUUGUGCCAAACAUCCGCAAGGGUCAGUGGCGCUUCACAUAUGAUCCCAGCACAGGGAAUCUGAAGGAGACUACCGAUGGAUGGAAUAGCCCAGAAGAUGAAGCCCGUGCUAUCAUUGAGAGCCAGAUGAUUUCACUGCGUCUCCGCUCUCGGGGUCUCACUCAGAGCCCCGGAGACGGACUACCUUCUCAGCCACGACGGGUCUACCUUGUUGGUGGAGGCUCUAAGAACAAAGCAAUUGCGAAGAUUGCCGGAGAGAUUCUCGGCGGUGUCGAGGGCGUGUACCAGCUUGACAUUGGUGACAAUGCAUGUGCGCUAGGUGCCGCAUACAAGGCGGUAUGGGGUAUCGAGCGAAAGUCCGGUCAAACCUUUGAAAGCCUGAUCGGCGAGCGAUGGAAAGAGGAGGAAUUCAUUGAGAAGAUUGCAGAUGGCUACCAGAAGGGGGUGUAUGAAAGAUAUGGCCAAGCCGUUGAGGGCUUUGAGAAGAUGGAGCAGCAAGUUUUGCAGCAAGAGGCAAAUAAGGCCUAA